AAUCCAGAUCGGUGAAGAUAAGUCUGUAGAAAAAACUUUAAAUCCAAUUUCACACAUCUCAAUAAAGGGUGUCGUCAUCAUUCCGGUUUCUUCUUCUUGAUCGCUUUACUUAUAAAUCAUUUCAUCUUUUCUCUUUGGAAAAAUAGAAACUAGAUUGAUUUGAACUGCCUCUGUUUCUCGUUAAAUAAUUUCAUUCUCAAACGAAAUCCAAUAUGCAGCGCAGUGCUGAACGAAUCGCCACCAUCUCAGCCCAUCUUAACCCUUCUACUUCUCCUCACCAGAUGGAGGGAUUGAGCGCAGCUAAUUGCAGGGCGAAAGGGGGUUCUCCGGGAUUCAAAGUUGCGAUCUUGGGUGCUGCAGGAGGUAUUGGUCAACCACUUGCAAUGCUUAUGAAGAUGAAUCCCUUGGUUUCGGUUCUGCAUCUUUAUGAUGUUGCAAAUACCCCUGGUGUAACUGCUGAUAUUAGCCACAUGGACACUGGUGCUGUGGUAAUUUUUCUCUCUAUUUCCCUUGUUUUUCUAAGGAAUUACUGAGUUUGUAAGCACAUA